AUGAGAAAGUGCAUCAACAUAGCUUCUGAACUGAAGCAUAAUAAAGAAAUUAUGGCAGACAAAAAAGAAGGAAAAAGCAAAGAAGAGGAAGAUUUCUGUCCUCCUACAGCUGUCGCCUCAGAGUACUUAGUGAGUCAAAUCCGUUUGGACAAACCCACAGAAAAGGAAGUGAAGGAAGAGUUACAAAAGCAGGAUAGUCCUCAAGACGAUGAACCGCUUCGUGAAUUAACUCCGUGUCCAUCUGAAUAUCAGUUGACGAAGCUUAAUUAUUAUCUGGCUGGAGUACCCAUGGUACAAGCGUUCAAUGAGGCAGAGAAGAAGAAAAAAUAA